GCGCGCUGCUGAGCGGCUGGAGCCAAUACACUACAUUUCCCAGAGAGCCGCGGGGCGGCGUGACGCAUGCGCGCUGCUCUCGCCCUGUGCUCGGCCGCUGCACUUGGCGAUUGCGCUUGGCCCCAGGAGCGUGCCGGGGCAGCAUGUCGGCUGCGCUGAGGUUCGACGGGCGCGUGGUGCUGGUGACUGGCGCCGGGGGAGGAUUGGGUAGAGCAUAUGCUCUGGCUUUUGCUGAAAGAGGAGCUUCAGUAGUUGUGAAUGAUCUGGGAGGUGACUUCAAAGGACAUGGCAAAAGCUCCUCAGCGGCUGACAAAGUUGUUGAAGAAAUAAGAGCAAAAGGAGGAAAAGCAGUAGCUAACUAUGAUUCAGUGGAGGCUGGUGAGAAGCUUGUGCAGACAGCCCUUGAAGCUUUUGGGAGGAUAGAUAUUGUUAUAAACAAUGCUGGGAUUCUGAGGGACCGUUCAUUUGCUAGGAUAAGUGAUGAAGACUGGGAUAUAAUUCAUAGAGUUCAUUUGAAGGGAUCAUUCCUGGUAACCAGAGCUGCAUGGAAUCAUAUGAAAAAUCAGAAGUUUGGAAGAAUAAUUAUGACUUCUUCAGCUGCUGGAAUAUAUGGCAACUUUGGUCAGGCAAACUACAGUGCUGCAAAAAUUGGUCUUUUGGGUCUUUCAAAUACACUUGCAAUUGAAGGCAGAAAAUACAACAUCCACAGUAACACAAUUGCACCUACUGCUGGGUCGAGGCUGACUCAGACUGUCAUGCCACAGGAUAUGGUGGAUGCUUUCAAACCAGAAUAUGUGGCUCCCUUAGUUCUUUGGCUUUGCCAUGAGAAGUGUCAGGAGAAUGGCAGUCUGUUUGAGGUGGGAGCCGGAUGGAUUGGUAAAUUGCGCUGGGAGCGAUCCCUGGGUUCCAUUGUCAGGGAGAAGAAUCAUCCGAUGACACCAGAGGCUGUGCAAGAUAAAUGGGAGAAGAUCUGUGACUUUGAUAAUGCCAGCAAGCCCCGAACUAUCCAAGAGUCAGUAAGCAUACUGAAUGAUGUGCUAAGUCAAAUAGAAUCUGAAGGAGUUUCCAUGAAUCCCACAAGCUAUACUAGAUUCGCUUCUUCAGGCUUUGACCCAAGCAAAUGUGUUGGCCAAAAGUUGCCCACAGUGGUUUAUAAUUAUACUCACUUGCAACCGAUUUUGUACGCUCUUGGUGUUGGAAUGUCAACCAAGGAUCCAGACCAUCUAAAAUUUGUUUUCGAAGGCAGUGAAGAGUUCUGUUGUUUACCUACGUUUGGAGUCAUCCCAGCUCAGGCAUCUCUGUGGGAUGGUGGACUUUCUAGUGUUCCAGGACUCAACAUUGACUUCACAAAGCUACUGCAUGGUGAGCAAUAUCUGGAGUUGUAUAAACCACUUCCAACUUCAGGACCAUUAACUUCAGAAUCAACUAUUGCUGAUAUUCUUGACAAAGGCUCAGGAGCAGUUAUUCUCUUAGAUGUUCGCACCUACUGUGGAAAGGAUCUGUUGUGCUAUAAUCAGUUCUCUCUGUUUAUUGUUGGAGCUGGAGGAUUUGGUGGAAAACGAACAUCAGAAAAGGCAAAGGUAACAGUGAACCCGCCUAAUAGAACACCUGAUGCUGUACUUUCUGAUGUCACUACAGCUGAUCAGGCUGCCUUGUAUCGGCUCAGUGGGGAUUGGAAUCCUUUACAUAUUGAUCCUGGUUUUGCUGCUCUUGGAGGAUUUCAGAAACCCAUACUGCAUGGAUUGUGUUCAUUUGGUUUUGCUGCCAGGCAUGUUUUGAAGCACUUUGCAAAUAAUGAUGUGACCAGAUUCAAGGCAAUUAAGGUUCGUUUUGUAAAACCAGUCUUUCCGGGACAAACUCUGCAAACAGAGAUGUGGAAGGAGGGAAACAGAAUUCACAUUCAAACCAAGGUCAAAGAAACUGGAGAAGUUGCUAUUGCAGGAGCAUAUGUAGAUCUGACAUCAACCCUCGAUAAACCUUCAGCUAAAGAGCCCAUUAAGGCUUCAGGGCUGCAGAGUAACCUUGUGUUUGAAGAAAUUGGUCGCCGCAUCAAAGAGGUUGGAAAUCAGCUGGUAAAGAAAGUAAAUGCCAUAUUCCAGUGGGACAUCACUAAAGAUGGAGAGACAGCAGCACAGUGGACUAUUGACUUAAAGAAUGGUUCUGGUGAGGUGUAUCGGGGGCCAGCACAGGGUUCUGCUGACACCACUUUCACCCUUUCGGAUCAAGACUUCAUGGAGGUGGUCCUAGGCAAGAUUAAUCCACAAAAGGCAUUUUUUUCUGGUAAACUAAAAGUGAAAGGUAACAUCAUGCUGAGCCAGAAGCUGGAGAUGAUUCUUAAAGACUAUGCCAAACUCUGAACUGCUAGAUGGCCCACUUCAAUAGUCCCCUAAGAAGAACAGGAAUGGCUGUCAUUUCAGAAACAGGCCUUGAAUCUUUAUGCACAUUUCUUGUUGUCUAUGUUCUGAUUCACUGUAUUGCUAAUAUGUUUCCUUGAUUGUUGCAGAUACAAAAACCUGAUAUAAAUCUGUUUAACACACUCAUUUUCUCUGUUCCUCAGUAAAAGUUUGAAUCAUAAUUUUCUCAUAUUGUAACUUCAUUUAAAUAAAACUUGCAUAGUUCUUACAAAAUACAUAUUUCUAUAUCAGUUAUAAAGAAAAUUAAAUCAUUAAAAUGCUUUGAUACCUCC